GGUCGGGAGGAACUGGGGGCGGGGCGGAGCAGCAUCAUGGCGGAGCCCAGUCGGGAGGGCAGCAGCAUGGCGGAAGCCGGUCCGGGCGGCAGUGGGUCGCGGUACCGGGCCGCUUUUAACCCCGACACUUGGGAGCAGGAGCUGGAGGCCAUCCCCAUGUUCAUGAAGCAGUGCCCGGCUGAGAUCGAUGCGGCUCGGCAGCCCGAUCUGGCCUGCCUGCAGUCCCUGCUCUUCGACGAGGAAAAGAGCCCCGCAGAGCUGGCCAGGAUGUACAAAAACGAAGGGAAUGAGUACUUCAAGGAGAGGGACUACAGGAAAGCUGUCAUUGCCUACACCGAGGGGCUGAAGAAGAAGUGUGAGGAGCCCGAGCUGAGCGCUGUGCUGCACACAAACCGGGGGGCUGCACAGUUCCACCUGGGUAACUACCGUUCUGCUCUCAAUGAUGCCAUCCAAGCAAAAAAGCUGAAGCCCACCCACCUCAAAGCAAUCAUUAGAGGAGCUCUGUGUCACCUGGAGCUAAAGAAUUUCUCCGAAGCAAUAGCAUGGUGUGAGGAGGGCUUGCAGAUAGAUUCAAAAGAGAAAAAGCUUGUGGAAAUAAGAGCUAAAGCUGACAGACUGAAGCGAGCUGAGGAGCGGGAUGUGAGGAAAGCAAAGGCAAUGGAGAAGAAAAAGCAGUGUCAAAAGGAGAUCCUGCUUGCAGCAAUAAAGGAAAGAAAUAUCAAGCUGGUCCUCGAGCCUUCUUUAAAUGAAGAAGAGGAAAUAUCAGAUGGCCUGGCUGAGAUAUCCUUAGAUGGCUUCCACUCUGAGAAUGCCACAGGAGCAAAGGUGCACUUGGAUGCUGAGGGCAGCCUGAACUGGCCUGUCCUCUUUCUGUACCCUGAGCACGAGCAAACAGACUUCAUUGCAGCUUUUCAUGAGAACUCCAGGUUUAUUGAUCACUUAAUGGUGAUGUUUGCUGAGUUGCCUCCUUGGGAUUUAGAAAGAAAAUACCUUCCCAGCAAUCUUGAGCUUUAUUUUGAAGAUGAAGAAAGAGCAGAAAUGUAUGAGCUAAACCCAGAACACACAUUGCUGCAAGUGCUGCAACACCAAAGGUAUUUUGUAAAGGCUGGGACCCCAACUGUUCUGGCAUUUGUAAAGCAAUCUGCUUUCUCUAAGAAAUACUUCUUGGGCAAGAAGGUGCAUCGACUACAAUGAGCCAGAAGGUAAUGAGGAGUCCAUGUGAGAGGCUGCAGUUUGUUAUCCCAGGCUGCAAACUUCUGCUUGAACAAAAACCACCCUGUGCACUUCAGGGGAGAAAUAAUCUUGGCACAUGGGGAAACUUCCAGGAAAACAGCAGAGGAGAAUGAAGGGCUUACAAGAGGGGAUUAAUUGUUUAAAAAGCCAUCCAGCUGGCUUGCAGGAGGCCUCCUCUAUGAUAGGCUGCAUGGGAUUUUGCAAGGAACCUGAAGCAGUGCCAAGCACUGGCUGCAGUUUGAAGCAACAGCAGCUGGGAAGGUACUUAGGUACCUGUGAAAAAUCCCUGAUUGCCUCCGAGGUGGGCUGUAGUUGCUGGGGUUGAACAACAGUGCUCUGGGGCAAUCCCUGCCUGGUGCAGCAGGAUGGAUGCUCUCAGGUUCCUGCCUGGGAUUAAGCAGCUGCUGCUUUUUCACCACUUGACUCUGCUGCUGGCCAGGGUAAAGCAGAGCUCUUUGUUCAGAGCCCUGUGUUUUACUGCCCCUUUUGCUACCUUACUGAUCACCUGGAAAUAAACAUGUCUAUUUUAAGGA